ACACGCACAUCUCCAUCACUUUCAAGCGCCAGAACCUCGGGAGGUUGACCACAGUGCAGCUGGGUCAUGAUAAUUCUGGUUUGCUUGCCAAGUGGCUGGUGGAUUGUGUCAUGGUCCGCAAUGAGAUCACCGGCCACACAUACAAGUUCCCGUGCGGCAGGUGGUUGGGAAAGGGUGUGGAUGAUGGCAGUCUUGAGCGAGUCCUGAUUGGGGAGUUUGUAGUUCCCUCUAGUGAUGAUGACGGAGGCCGAGGGUCUAGGACUCCGCCCCUUCAGCGAUCACCUUCCCAGAUUCGACGAAUCAGCAUCACAUCGCUUACAGGACGUGGAAGCAAACCAACAACCGUACAGAUACAGGAAUCCAUCGGUGAAGCAGUCAACAAUAUUAUAAAGCAUUUCCACAAACCAGAAAAAGAGAGGGGCAGUCUUACGGUCCUGCUGUGUGGAGAAGGUGGUCUUGUUUGGGCUCUGGAGCAGUUCUUUCAUCAUGGAUUCCGCUCAGCUCGAAUCUUCCAGAAAAAUGUCUUUGUAUGGGAUUUCUUUGAGAGGGCGGUAGCAUUUGUGGAGAAUGCAGAUCAGAUUGGAGACCUGCAAGAAACACCAGAGCCUCUAAGUCUGAAUAGUGAGUCUUUCUGUCGAUACGUCAACGCCAUUAACAGUAUGCCACGCAACAUUGGGAAGGAUGGCAAGUUCCAGCUGCUAGUUUGCCUCGGGGCGAGAGACCGAUUGUUGCCGCAGUGGCUCCCUCUAUUGGCCGAAUGCUCCGUCAUCACACGCAUGUAUGAGGAGAGCGCGUUACUGCGAGACAAACUCACCGUCAGCUCUCUCAUCGCAGUUCUGGAAACGCUGCAUGACUUCCCCAUCACACUGGAGAGCUCUCUAACUAAAAGUGUUGAGCUGUAACUCCACAUCCUGAGGUCAAAUUGAGACUGCUCCCCAUGCUGCCACCCUCAGGGCCGAAGCUGACCAGGGAAUGACUGAGGACCUAUCAAAGCACCUCUCAACAUGACUGACUCCUGCACCUCCACACAAAUUAACUCAGAAAUCGGUUUUGUAGCAGUAUUUGGAGUUGUGCUCUUUCUAACGAAGCCGUUGAUGGCUUCAUUGAGAAGAUUUCAACUUUUUUUCCCGUGGAUUUUGCUUCCAAACCUGUGGUCAUUUCCAUAGACAUCCGUCUGGGCGUCAAAUCCGCUAACAUUUCUAUUUCAGAUCAUGUGUUGUCUUUAGAAAGCACUGUUUUUUGCAAAGUGUGUCAAGAUACAGAGGAGCUUUAGUGCUGACAGAUUAAAUGUCCAACGCAUGCAAUAACCAUCAUUUGACAGGCAAGUGUUUCUAAUGACUUGAACUUGUCUGGGUGUUUAAACCAAUGCUAUCAGUGUUCUGAUUGGCUGUCAGUUUGGAAGGAAGAUUCUUGAUACUGAAUUAAUUGGAAACAUUCUUAGAUUAAAAAAAGCCUGUCAAAUGAAUUUUCAGAGAAAAGGGACAUUCCAACAUUAUCCAAAUCGUUGUAUGUUACAAGACGUGUUUAUGUGUGAUGUUAAUGUUGCGUGUGUGUGAGUGGUUUAUCAGAUUAACAUUUAGGAAGAUGUUUAUUUUGCCAAUGAGUAUUAACUUAAUUCAGUAUCAUGUUUGAUUUCAUUUUUUUUACUUUUAAGAAAGAAACACUGGAAUUCGUCGUAAAGCAAUAAAUAGUCACCAUUAAAAUCUCUCAAAUCUUAAUCCUUACAGUGACUUGUGGGGGUGCUUUAAAUAUAACGUUUAAACCCUAGUUUUACCACUAAUUGAAGGUCUAAAUGCAGCAAUUACUUUGUAAAGCCAUGUCUGAUUACUGCAGUACUUGCACGUUGCUUAGAAAUUAAGUUUUUUUCAUUAAAUUACCCUUUAUGUUUGUUCUUUCAUGCAUUAGUUUUAAUACACAAACCCUGCUGAGAGAAAAGUAGUAUUUACAGAUAAACACCGUUUGAAUCACUUAAUGUUACUUAAGUUUUAGUUUUUAAGACUCUCAGCAUUUGAUCUAAGAGCCGUGUAUGGUAGCUCGUCAACCUGUGUAUUUUCUUUUUCUUAUUGACUCGGAUCAUUUGUAUGUAUUUAUUUUAGGAUGAUGCUUAUGUGACACUGGUUGAGUUUGGAUUUUUUGCAAUCUUGGGUUGAUUUAUGCAGUUAGCUGACACUGUAUCAUUUAUUUAUUUUUUAGUAAAUCUGAUUUCAAGCUUUGUAUAAUACGGACUGUCCAUCAUGUGUAAAAGUCGACUUCGUUUUAGACGCCAAAAGUUGCUGAAAUCCCAGAAACCUCUCGCUGGAAAGAUGAGGAAACCGCAGGAACUGUCCCUUUGUUUGCGGUGCUGAUGCAUGCAACAUGUUUUAGAUCUUGGAGAAGGACUGUUGCUGUAAAUGAAUUCGUUCCUCUUCUAGAUCUCGCCUCAUUCCAUCUGUUUUUUUCCUGUAAUGAAAGCUUCUAAAUAUCGAUCAUGUUAUGAAAAGAUCCUUGUCUAAAAUGAUUUGGAUCCUCCAUGUUUAUAUUUGUGAAGCGACUCAUUAAAAUAGCUCCCUUCGUCCA